AUGGCAGCCAAUGGUGAUGCUUCGCAAGCUCAGAUCUGGGACGAUUCUGCUCUUGUAGAGUCGUGGAACGGCGCCCUUGAAGAAUACAAAAAAUACCAUAGCCUCAAGGCCCGCGGCGAAAAUAUCGAGCAAGUCUUGAAAGAAACAGAGGAUGGGAGCAACCAACUGGACGAAAGCAUGUAUUAUGAGGGAGGAGGGCUCGACCAAGAUCCGGCCAGAGAUCUUCAGGCCGACAGGGAAGCAUCCGAGAAAAUAGAUGAUCUUGAAAUCACCUCUCGAGAUGGGCGUGUUCCAGUGACGGAGAAAUCAAAUGCAUCCAAUGGACCAGCACUGCCCCAGCAUUUGAUUGGCCAAGUUCACGAUGAGGGAUUGAAGAAUCUUUUGAUGUCUUGGUACUACGCUGGAUACUACACUGGCUUGUACGAAGGACAAAAAAAUGCUGGGAUGUCUGCCAAGCACGAAUCUUGA